AUGAGUAUUAUGGAAUAUAAUGGUGGUGCCGUCAUUGUUAUGACCGGUAAGGAUUGUGUUGCCAUCGCUACAGAUCUUAGAUUCGGUAUUCAACACACAACCGUCUCUACAAACAACCCUAAAGUAUAUAGAAUAAGUGAUAAAUGUUUCAUUGGUAUCUCUGGUUUAGUUACAGAUGCCCAAACUUUAUAUCAAAAGCUUGUAUUUAGACACAACCUUUAUAAAUUGAAAGAAGAAAGAGAUAUGUCACCACAGGUAUUGACUAAUUUAGUUUCGAAUAUGUUGUAUGAAAAGAGAUUUGGACCAUACUUUACAGAACCAGUUAUUUGUGGAUUGGACAGUAAUAAUAAACCAUUUAUCUCUGGUAUGGAUUUGAUUGGUGCACCGGUACAAACUGAUGACUUUUUGUUAGUCGGUACAAUGACUCCUGCCAUGUAUGGUCUAUGUGAAACUUUAUACAAGAAAGAUAUGAGAGAUGCCAUGAGUGGUUGGGGUGCUGAAGUUACUGUUAUUUGUCCAGAUAAGGUAUUCAGAAGAAAAUAUCUCUUUUUCCUCCCGACAUCAUCAUCGUCAUUGUCAUCAUCAAAUCACAUUCAAUUCAAAUCAAAUCAAAAUAAUAUCAAAUCAAACAAUCAAAUCUUUCAUAAACAAGUUUCUACAACCGGCAUUGGUCAAUCAACAACUAAUCAGUCAAACAAUCAAACAAUCAAACAAUCAGUCAAAAAAUUCAUAUUUUAUAAGAAGAAGAAGAAGAAGGCAAAGCAGGCAGCCUAUAUGUUCAUGAGCACCUAUUCGAAUACCAAUGCCAGCAAUCACAACAAUAGCAAUAACAGCAACAGCAAUAGCAAUAGCAAUAACAAUAACAGUAUGACGACAAUGCUGUCAUUAUCAUCGGCAUCACAGUAUCAGCUAAACACCAGUGGUAGUAGCGGAAGUAACAGUAACAGUAACAUCAAUCUUAGUAACAGUAGUAACAUUCAACACUACUCUAAUAUCACUACUGUUUCUUCAACCUCAACAACAUUGGAUGAAUUGGAGAUAAAGAAAUGGAUUCAACAAAAAUGUCCAUCGUUAUUAUCAGUAGAUUUUCUAGAGAUUGAUAUUUUGGAAUCGUUGCAUUCCGCUAUACAUUCCUUUAUCAACCUGAAGACUGUAAAAGACAGUGGAUCGUUUCUAUCUUCUCCACCGACUUUAUCAUCUUCUUCAUCGUCACAUGUCACAAAUGGCAAUGGUAAUGGUAAUGGUAAUGGAAAUGGAUCAUCAUCAUUGUUUAUAUCAUCUACAUCUACAACACCAUCAACACCUUCAACACCACUGACUCAGUCAGCACCUUUAUUAACUACAACAUCAACAUCGACAACAAACAACAACAAUUUGAUGUCUUUAUCAUCAUCCUCAAAGAAGUCAAUUCACAAGUCAUCGUCGGCCUCAUUAUCAUCGUCAUCCAAACAACAACAACAGGCAUCAUCUGAUUCCAAAUUGAAAUUGAUAUCAACUAGAAAAGAUCAACAACAACAACAUCAACAACCUUCAGAUUCUUCAUCAUCAUCAGAUUCAUCGUCAGAUUCAUCAUCCUCAUCGGAUUCGUCAGACUCUGAAGAUUCAACAUCGAUUCAUAACAACUCAUUCCUCAGUGAUAGUUCCGGUGUUCCACUAAUGUUUGGUAACAGUAUCUCCUAUAAAUCGUUCGUAAAGGAACUGCUACAUCUUAAAGACCGAAUAUCCAAACAGGAAAAGACAAUACUCGUUCAAAAGGAAAAGAUUGAAUCACUUCACAAAGAAUUGGAUACCGAGCGACAAAAGAGUAAAAAGUUAAGUGAACCUAUAUCGGAUCCGCCACGUUCCUCCAACUCUAGUCUAUCGAUCUCGAAACACCCGUUGUCUCGUACCAAUUCACAUCUUCCACCUCUCAGGAAAUCAAUCUCUCACAACAAUAUAACAACAACCAAUAUAAUGAAUCAACAACAACAACAACAACAACAUCAAUUGCAACAGAAAUUAAUACAACAAAAUCAACAAAAUCAACAACAACAUCAAUUUCACUUUACAAGUCCAACUGCAUCUAGUAGUUUUCUAAAGUUUAGUGGACAUCAUACUAAUUUAAGUGGCGGUGGUGGAAAUAGUGGAUUCCCAUUGAGUGGUGGAUCGUCACCAAUGAUGUUAUCGCACCAACAGCAUUCAAUGGAAGUCAUAGAGCUGGAAGUGGAUCGUGAACUAUUGGAUUUCGGCAGGAAGAUCGUCUCUGCUUUGAUAUCCUCUAGUAAUCACGUGGAGAUGACCGACAUCUACAAGAUGAACAAUAUAUUCACCAAUGACUAUGCUCGUAGAAGUAUAUGUAUGACAUUGGAUGAAGAAACAAAAGCAAAUCAAAUGAAUCUACCAAUGAAUGAGAAUUCAUAUGAAGUAACGCUGUAUUUGAUAAAUACAAUCUUACAGAAUUUAUAUGAAGCGAAAGCUAAAGAUUACUUUAGUUGUAAAUUGAUUAUGGAUUGCUCGCGUAUAUUGAAUCGAAAGAAGAUCAAUGGAACCUGUGAGUUCAUUCAAGAGUUUAUCAAGGAUCAUCCGACAUGGAAAGAUCUAAGCUUUUGGGAGGAACUCUACUGGGAUGAAUUGGUAAUGAAACACGAGCAGUUUGGAUAUGACAAUUAUGUUGAAUUUGAUAUAGAUUUAGUUUGUACUUUAUUAUUAUCAUUUGUAUAUAAUCUACAUGGUUGGGGAUUAGGAAAGAAUGAAGUAAUUGAAUUCUCCAAUUCCAUGGCAAAGAAAUCACUGUUGAAAGGAGAGGCAAUGGCUCAUUUCAUCGAUCAGGUGCGUAGUAUUACCGAUCUGACAUUCAAGUCGGAUGGCUUCAAAGGCAAGCAUUCAUUCGUGCUCAAGAACUUUAAGAACAUCUCAGAGUGCAACCAUUGCAACCAAUAUAUAUGGGGUGUAAGAGGUAUCGUCGAGAGACAGGCAUUCGAGUGUGUAGGUUGUAAAUAUAAAUCACAUAAAAAGUGUUUAAAACAUGCUUCUGAAUCUUGUUGUACUGCUCCGAAUGUUGGUGCACCAUUCAAUGUUAAACAUGAAAUUCAUGUUGGGUUGGCACUACAAGGUAUACCUGAUCAAUGGAAGACAUUGUUGGCACAAUCUGGAUUCCAAGAUGGUGAGAUUAAUCAGCAUCCAGAUGAUGUUUUAGAUGUACUUGAAUUCCAUCAUGUAUAUAAUCAAAAGUCAGGUACAUCACACUUUGAGAGAAGUGAAUCGAUGACUAAUAUACCACCGAGACCACUCUCGCCAACCAUUGAUAGUAAUACACAAUUACUUGCACUUGAAGAACCUUCUUUUACUCUAAAGGAUUUAGUUUCUUCAGAAAACCCUGAAGAAUUAUAUAAAGAUAUUGUAAAGAUUGGUGGAGGAUCAACUGGUAAUGUUUAUUGUGGUACGAAUAUUCAGACUGGUGAGAAGGUUGCAAUCAAAAAGAUGAAGGUCGACAAUAAGAAUAUAAAGAAUGUGAUCAAUGAGAUUUGUACAAUGAAGAACUGCACACAUAAGAAUUUAAUUAGAUAUAUCAACUCUUAUUUAGUUCUCAAUCAUCUUUGGUUAACAAUGGAGUAUAUGUCAUUUGGAUCACUUACAGAUAUGAUCGGUACAAAGAAUCAGUCAUUCAAUGAAUCACAUAUCGCUUACAUUUGUCUACAGGUUCUUCAAGGUAUCGAUUAUAUACACAAGGGUCAUCGCAUUCACAGAGAUAUAAAAUCUGAUAAUAUACUUGUUGGUAGAGAUGGUAGCAUUAAGAUUGCUGAUUUUGGAUUUGUUGCUAAUCUUACUAGAGCUAAACUACAAAGAAACAGUGUAGUUGGAACACCCUAUUGGAUGGCACCAGAACUUAUCAGAGGUAACCAAUACAAUCAUAAGAUCGACAUAUGGAGUCUUGGUAUAUUAGCCAGAGAACUAUCGGAAGGUGAACCACCCUAUGCUAAAUAUCCACCUGUUAGAGCAUUGUUUUUAUUGACAUUAGAAGGUGUACCUGAUUUCAAAGAACCAAUGAAAUGGUCGAAUGAAUUCAUAGACUUUGUAAACUUGUGUCUCAAUCUUGAUGAUAAGAGAAGACCUGACGCGCACUAUCUCUUGAGACACGUGUUCCUAAAGAAAGCUUGCUCAGCCAAAGAGUUCACCGAGAAAAUCGAUGAGAUUGCAACCAUCAAGCAAAACAAUUUCUCUGAUAUUACUUUAUAG